AUGACAGGAUGGUCCAAGAAAGUUGCCGGGUCUCGUGUAGGAAGCUUCAAUACUCAGAAAGUUCAGAAAGCGGAGCCCUGCUUGAAGAAUUUCGCUAAUAUUGAAGAAAACGGUGAAAAGAACACUGACAAGGAACUUAAGUGCCUAUUCAAUGACCUUCUCGAGGGUUUUCUUAAAGAAGUUUCUGGCGGUUCGAAUUUUAAACCAUUGUCUCGAUUGAUUUUUGAUGGGCAGGAAGUUGAUCUGUUCAAGCUUUUCUUUGUUGUGAGGCAGAGGGGUGGGUAUGAGAGUGUGUCGACGAAUGGGUCGUGGGGUUUAGCUGCCAAAGAAUGUGGGUUCAAAUCGAGUAUUGGUGUGGCUUUAAAGUUAGUUUAUAAUAGGUACUUGUAUAAAUUGGAUCAAUGGUUAAGGGAAAGUGUUUUAGUUAAGCAAGAGGUGAAGACGGGGGUUAAAGAGAGGGACUUAAGUUUAUGUGGGCUUUCUAUGGGCUUGAAGUCAGAUUUAAAGGUGUUUUUGUUGGGCAUCAUGGAUAAAAAGAUGGAAGAUGGGGAGUUUAUGAAUGCAGAGAUCAAAAAAGAUUCAUUUGGUUUUGAAAAUGAAGGUAGUGAAAGCAUAUUUAAGGAUAGAGGCUUUGUGGAAUCAAAUGGAAGAGUUAAGAAAGGGGAGGAAGUGAUUAAUGAGAAAGUCGAAGAGAAGUGGAUUCUUAACGACAAAGUUAAAGGAGGUGGUAUUGAAAAUUUUGAUGAAAAGAAAGGUGGCGUUGAUGGUAGAAAGAGGAAGCGUGAGUGCUACUCGAGCAUGCUGAAUUGGAUAGGUAAGGUUGCAAGGGAUCCCUGUAAUCCUGAAAUCGGGUUGUUGCCUGAAAAGCAUAGGUGGAAGUAUUAUGAUAGCGAGCAGUUAUGGAAGCGGAUUCUCUCGGUUCGUGAGGUGAUGCUUUUGAAAAGGAACAUUGGUUCAAGUUCUCAACAUUCCAUUUGGCAGAAGAAGCAAAAGAUGCAUCCGAGUUUGUACGACGAUCAAAAUGGGUCUGAAAGAUUAAGAUGCAGUCAGAGGUUCAUUUCGUCAAUGGAUUCUUCUAGCAAGUCAUGGGACUGCAUUGAUUCAGAUUCGUCAUCUUCAGGUUUUCAGAGUGAUGAUCAUGCUGAUAAACAGUCUCUUUCCACAGCAGAUUCUAUUAGCUACUUGGGCAACUAUCUUCGCCGGAAGCGAAUUCCAAUAGGUCCACUUUUUCAAGCAGGAUUACCAGAAUUUUGUGGAGAGGCUUACAACAGUGAUGCUAAAUGGGUAGGUACCAAAGUUUGGCCAUUGGAAAAAGGAGAAGUAAAGAAAACUUUAAUUGAGAGGGAUCGUAUUGGAAAGGGCAGACAAGAAUCUUGUGGCUGCCAGUUCCCAGGCUCUGUUCAAUGUGUGAAGUUCCAUGUUGGCGAGAAAAGGAUGAGGGUGAAGCUUGAGGCUGGCUCUGCUUUUUAUCGAUGGAAAUUUGAUGGCAUGGGUGAGGAAGUUGCACUCUCUUGGACAAAAGAAGAAGAAAACAAAUUUUGCGAUAUAGUAAAGGUGAAAAUUUCAUCUUCCUACAAAUAUUUCUGGGACGAGCUUUUCAAAUUUUUUCCUCGGAAAGGCAGGGAAUCUUUGGUGAGCUAUUACUACAACAUUUUUCUUCUCCGGCGCAGAGGUUAUCAGAAUAGGACUUCUACAAGUAAUAUUGACAGUGAUGAUGACGAAUCAGGACCACUCCGUAACAGAUUUGGACAAAUGACUGCUAAUUCCAUUUGUUGUUCCCCAAAGAAACCUCAAAGAUAG